GUAUAUAUAAUGUGAAGUUGGUGUCAAACUGUGUCAAGUUGUACAUUUUCUUAUUACUUGUUAUUUGAUCACUUGUACAAAUUUUUUUAAAUGACUUUUUCCAGAUCGUUCUUUCUGGUUUUGGGACUGGGGAGCAACAUCUGAAGCUUACAACCAUUAUGUUUCAGAACAUCUUUCCAGCCAUUGAUGUUAACACUGUCAAACUUUCUUUGUGCCAGAGAAUUGUGUUACUAAAUUAUAACAAGGAGACAAAGCUGAUUGACUUUCGGCAUUAUUCCAUUAGAUUACAGCCUGUUCCUGAUUUAAGAAAGUUUGUGCAGAACCAUCAAGUUCCUGAGUUAGGAAGUCUUCAAGACGUGAGCGAUUUUGUCACCAAGGCUGGUUAUGGAUCAGAAAGCGAAGCAGAUGAAGCAGCAACUGUAAGUCUAGCAAGUGAUCUUGGUAGGGUUAACCGAGCUUCUACAAAAAGUGCUGUCAAGCUUCAAGAGAUUGGCCCUGGGUUGACUCUUCACCUCAUCAAAAUUGAGGAAGGAUUGUGUUCUGGUGGAGUCAUAUUCAGUGAAUAUGAAAAUCAUGGUGGAAAGAAAACGCAGCAAGAGGAAGAGGAAGAGGAUGAGGAAGAAGUUGAGGAAGAAAUGGUGGAAGAUUAGCUCCCAGCUAUUUGUUUGUGGACACUUUGUUUAAUGGUUGUUGAGUCGAGCAGUUAGGUGGCUCAAUUUUAUUUUAUCUUAUUUUUGUUUUUUGAAAACAGUUCUACAGGGUGCCAAUCUUGAUGAGCUUCCAAUUUUGUCAUUGAAGAUCUAAAUAGAGCUUGAUAAUACCUUUUUUGUUUUCUUGUGUUCACGGAAAAUGAGUUGUAGAUUCAAUUCCAAGAAAAGUGAAAGUUUUAAGUUC